CCUUUCCAGGUCUCCUCUUCCAGUGAACCGGAUGCUCCGUCAGUUUCCUCCUCGGCGUCCUCCGGUGCUUCCCGGCUCCCUGGCAAGGCCGCAGGCAUCCACGGGGGGACGGUCAGGGGGCUCCCGGCGGCUGGCCUGGCAGGUGUAGGGCGCCGGUAGGAGCUGGGCGCACACGGUUACCGAGCGUGGAGGAGACACGUCCCUGCGGCGAUGGGUGCCAGGGGCGCUCCUUCACGCCGGAGGCAGGCGGGGCGGCGACCGCGGUAUCUGCCCACCGGGAGCUUUCCCUUUCUCCUCCUCCUGCUGCUUCUCUGCAUCCAGCUCGGUGGAGGACAGAAGAAAAAGGAGAAUCUUUUAGCUGAGAAAGUAGAACAGCUGAUGGAAUGGAGCUCCAGGCGCUCAAUCUUCCGAAUGAAUGGUGACAAAUUCCGAAAAUUUAUAAAGACACCACCUCGAAACUAUUCUAUGAUUGUUAUGUUCACUGCUCUUCAACCUCAGCGGCAGUGUUCUGUGUGCAGGCAAGCUAACGAAGAAUAUCAAAUACUGGCUAACUCCUGGCGCUAUUCCUCUGCUUUUUGUAACAAACUCUUCUUCAGUAUGGUGGACUACGAUGAGGGAACAGAUGUUUUUCAGCAGCUCAACAUGAACUCCGCUCCUACAUUUAUGCAUUUUCCUCCAAAAGGCAGACCCAAGAGAGCUGAUACUUUUGACCUUCAAAGAAUUGGAUUUGCAGCUGAGCAACUAGCAAAGUGGAUUGCUGACAGAACGGAUGUUCAUAUUCGUGUCUUCAGACCACCCAACUACUCUGGCACCAUUGCUUUGGCCUUGUUAGUGUCACUUGUGGGUGGUUUGCUGUAUUUAAGAAGGAACAACUUGGAGUUCAUCUAUAACAAGACUGGUUGGGCCAUGGUAUCUCUGUGUAUAGUCUUUGCUAUGACUUCUGGCCAGAUGUGGAAUCAUAUCCGUGGGCCACCAUAUGCUCAUAAAAACCCGCACAAUGGACAAGUGACUGGCUGUCUCAUGGAGUAGUGAAGGGAUGUUUGGGCUGUGAAACGUGUAUCACACCAAGAGGGAUGAAUUUGGCUCCCCGCCCCCAUCCUCCCGGCACCCCCAGAGGACAUUUGGUAGUUUCUGGAUACACAGUUUUGGUUGUCACAACGGUGGGGGCAUCUGCCCUCUACUGGCAACUCGUGGUGGAGCCAGGGAUGCCGCUAAGCAUCCCACAGUGCAGAGGGCACUGCUCACAACAAGGAAGCACCAGGCUCAAACAUCGGUGUUGAAAAUGAGAAGCUCCAGAGAAUCUUACAUAUAAUUUUGUUUUCUUAUAUAUUUUGUAGCCAAGAAAACCAUCCCAUCUAGCAUUUAUACCCAAAGGAUGACUUUCUUAAAAAUUUUUUUUUUCUAAUUGAAGCAACCAGUGAGUGCUUUGGAUCACACUGACUUGUGGUUUAAUGUUUGAGAGGAUUGUAUAUAUGGGAUGCCAUCACCAAAUAUAAUUGAUAUGAAAAUGUUUUGGGUAUAAUUGUUCGCUUUAAUCUAUCUUAGUAAAUGCUAUUUAAUCUUGGACGUUUUAUAUAUGCUUAAAAAGAGAUGUUUACAUAAGAGAGAGUAAAAAUGACUCUUAGGCCCACGGAGUCAUGUUUAUGCCUUGUCCUGAAGUGUACAGGCAGAGAAACAGAUGGGAAGAAAACGGGCUUGAGUUCUUCCCAAGCUCUGCCUGUUAGCAGUUGUGUCGCUAGGGGUGGAAGUUACUUAGACUCAUUUAAUAUAAGAAAAGAGGGACUAAUACUGCUUUUCUUACCUUGUAGUUUGUGAGAUAAAAUAUAAUCAUGAGUAGUGCAUAGUUUGUGGCCAUCAACAGAAUUGAUAUAUAGUGGGCCUGUGUCAGCUCUGAACUUCUGAUUCUAGCUUCAGUAGUUCAAUUUUCUCUCUGAACUGAGCUAAUUGGAUCAGACAAGCUUAAAAGACUGUGGAGUAUGUUGUUGGGUCUUUACUUAGCUAUUAGCUUUAAAAUAUAUAUAUAUAUUUGUAGUAUCAGUGACUGUUCACAUUUUCACAUAUUAAUUGUGAAAUAACACAUGCCUACAAGGAUCUACAGAUGUUAUCAGAGUAAGUUUCACCACACUAAACUUAAAUGUAAAUGAAUAUAGAGAAUGUAAAGAAAAUUAAUAGUGAAGGCAGUAUGUUACUAUGCUGAUUUGCAAGUUUGUUUGUUACUGUUAAGUUGCUAUGUAAUGGCACAAGCCAAGUACUAAUGGCCUACUUCACAGCAUGAAAGUCAUCACAAAAAUAGUCAUUACUGUGUAGCUAAAGGGAAUCUAUAUAACUGUAUGAUUACAUGGGACAUAAUGACAUUUUCUGUCGUUAAAAAAAAAUCUUGAAUGAGAUGCAUUCAGUUAAAUAAACUUGUGCUUAGAUUAUAACUCCCAACUAAAUAAAUAUAUUAUCCUCUUUUUUAAGAUUUGGCUUUUAGCUGCUGCCUGAGAGUUGCUAUGGGUUUACCACAUAUAAUCCAAAAUUUUUCACUGCAUUAUACUUCAGUUGUGAAUGUAGCUAAGAGCUGUGUUCUACAUGCACAGGCAAAAGCAUUUUGUUGCAAAAAUGCAUGCUGCUUAAUCUAGAAUGUAUCGUUAAUGUAGCACUUUUUCUAUGUCUCAGGUAGCCAUAAUAGUCUUACACUUUCUCCAGUGCUGUACACUCUCAUGCCUCAGGGAUUUUGCAUAUACUAGCUCUUUGAGGGACAUAUUUUAGUCCUAAGUAGAAAAUUGUAUAGGCUUAAACUAAAUACAAUUAUUUUAUUUAGGAUAUUCAGGAGUUUUAUUAAUAAUCUUCAUACCACCAGCAAAGAGAAUGUCAACAUAUAAUGAAAAAUUUUAAACAAAAAAACCCAGAAAGAUAAUAAUUGGUAAAGGUAUGCAAAAAUUUUAUGGUAGAGUUUGGAAUUGAGAGUCUGCCUUUUCAUUUAUUCAUUCCUUUAUUUUUCCAUCCAAUAAAUGUUUGUUGAGAGCCCAUUCAAUACCAGGUACUGUAUCUGCCCUAGUAGUACAGCUAUAUCAUGGAGCUGAUAGACUAGUAGAGAGAUGCAGUAUGAUCUGGCUUUGCCCAAAGUCUCAGUCAUUAAAGCUCUACUUAUUAUUGCAUUGUGUGGUAUUAGAAACUGAACUUUAAAAAUUUUGCCUCAGUACCAUGGUUGCUCUGUUGCUAUGACCUGGCGUCUUCUCUCUUGGCAAGCUUUGCCUUAUCUUUUUAUUUCUUUUGAUUUUUAAAUGUUUUGUGUCUAGUUGGCCAUUGGUAUGACUCUUUGCCUUUAUCUCUAGCAUCUAUUGCUGCUUCUCUCUGCCCUCUCUACACGUGGUUUUGACUUUCAUCAUCACAGUAUGCACUCCUGAUCCUAAACUCACUGAUCUUUACCAACUUCUGAAGCCAACCCAAACUGCUCCUUUACUUCCUUUCAACUGUUUAGCUACUAACAACCCUGGCAAUUAAUUAAGAAGGACCAUGUGAUUUGUAUCCUUACCACCUAUCAAAACAUUUCACACAUGGCAGAUAUUACAUAAAAAUAAAGCUGAAUAGAUGAAUAAAUCUUUCUUUGCAAAUAGGAACUCGUUAUAUUUUCAGCCUUUCAAAAAUGUUAACUAUGUCUGAAAAACAGUGGUUUCCCUCCUGAGCUUUGUUUGUACUUUGUAAUUAAAACCUUGAAGCACAUACCCAAAGGGAUUAUAAAACUACAAAAUGAGAAUGUGUUUUACGAUGUCAAAUUUAAUCUACUACAGUUAAACAUUCUGAGAAUCCAGAAUAAAUGUGAUUUCAGAGAAAAUAGUAAAAAAGCAAAGGCACGAAGAAUUGACCCGCCCACAGAGAAAGGGAUAAAUAAUACAAACCAGUUAGCAAAUAACUUAAGUUUUUUCCAAUUUUGGUAAAUUAUUUAGUACACUGCAAAGAAUAAUGGACUAAAUAGACUCCUAUGGUCAUUAUAAACCAAGGAAGUUAUUCUCAUACUAUGAAUAAAAUUGAGUCAAUUAUAUUAAGCAUAAUAAGCAUGUACAUUCUAAUUAAAAAAAAGCAUUUUAGAGUUAUAUCUCCACAAC